AUUGUUUUGGGGAAGGUGCGCGGUGGGGGAUGGGCACAGACUAAUGUACCAACAAAAAGUUUAACCACUUCGCCGACCUCACUGACAUGGCUGAACACUCGCGCUGGCAGAUGUUCCGGAGUCAGAUAUGGCUCGCAUUAAAACACAACAUCACUGGAUCGUUUUAAUAUAUCAGCGCUAAUGUUUUUGAUUUAUUUGAGGACACCACGUUGACUGAGAUUGAUGUUGUUGUGGCGACGAGUAGUUAAAUCAUUUUCUUAUUGGCGGUGUCUAACUGACCCCCCCUACUGUCAGCGCUGGUUUAGUCUGGCUCGCCCCCAGUUCGUGCAUUUGUCCCGGGAUGACCUGUUGAUGUCUGUAAAAUAAGAUAAGGUGGGGUGUCUGAACUAGCGCGAAAUGGCUAAGCAACAUUAACUUUAAAUUCCGUGGGAUGAAAAACUAUGCAAUCGGGCGUCAAAGAGAUAAUUUUUAUCCACAAGCCCAUGCAUCGGUAGUAUCUCGAGCGUUACCCUUGUGUGUUGUAGUGGCGUGGAGAACGGGGCGAACCCAAAUUUUAGCGGUACAGUUGUGCUAAGCAGCUCCGCUCCGGGUGCUCGAAUCGGACCCGUCUAGGCCCCAGGAUGUAGGCACGCUCUCGAUGCGGUGCAUUGGCAAACACGGGACAAGAGCGGCAGAUGUGUACCGCCUUGGCAAACUCAUUUUAUGUGAACGCGGCGAUUUCCCCCACCCCGCGCUGAACGCGUUUGUGCUCGCUCGCAUGUAGGUGCUGCAUAUCUCACAGAGUGGGUCAUAGUAAGCGCGUUUGCCAUCAUUUCUAACCUCCGGCCCGUGGCAGGACUCAGGACGGACGGACGAGUGGGCAGAUUGAUUGACACACGGUUAACCUGCCGCCGCACAACACUGCUGUACGGGCAGCACUGGCGGACAAAGAUUUGGCACCACAGUAUUUACUGGAUUUGUGAAGCUGUAUCUUUUUUUAACAUAUAAGAUUUCUGUGGCGGUGCUGGCCAUAGCGCCAUGGCUCAGACCCUUCAGAUGGCGAUCCCAAACUUUGGCAACAAUGUCUUGGAGUGUCUGAAUGAGCAGCGUCUUCAGGGCCUGUACUGCGAUGUGUCUGUCGUGGUAAAGGGCCACACUUUCAAAGCUCAUCGCGCCGUGCUGGCAGCCAGCAGCUCUUACUUUCGCGACCUCUUCAACAGCAAUGCGGGCAGUAAGACCCCAACGGUGGUGGAGCUGCCCCCGGCCGUACAGCCCCAGAGCUUUCAGCAGAUCUUGGCCUUUUGCUACACUGGCCGGCUCAGCAUGAACGUAGGAGACCAGUUUCUGCUCAUGUACACGGCCGGCUUUCUCCAGAUCCAGCAGAUCAUGGAGAAAGGCACAGAGUUCUUCUUGAAGGUCAGCUCUCCUAGCUGUGACUCACAAGGCCUUCACACUGAAGAGACCCCUCCUUCGGAGCCUCAGAGCCCGGUUACCCAGACGGCAGCCGGGGCUGCGGCCAACGGAGGUGGUGCGGUGGUAGCUGCGACAGUCAGUCGGCCUACUUCCUGCCUGACGCCGUUGCCCCUGGUGUCUCGGGUAAAGACUGAGCAACCGGAGGCGUCGCCCUAUUCUGUGGUGUGCACGCCAGUGGCCAAGCGGCUUUGGGAAGGAAGCACUCGGGAAGGCGGAGGAGGCUCGGGGGGAUCGGGCGGAGGAGGGAUGAGGAAGGCGGCUCGCUUUUCCCAAGAGAUGGCACGUGGAAACGCCAUCCAGCAGCAGGGUAGCAUGGGACUUGCAAUGGGUCUUGGAAUGGGACAGGGGGGUCACGGCGGCAACACCAAUGGGAAUGGCAACGGGACGAGCAGCGCCACCCCGGAAGGCACCAGCCCUGGUACCUUGAGCGCCUAUGCCAGCGAUUCACCUAUUUCUUACCAUGACGACGAGGAAGAGGAGGAGGUGGCAGAUGAUGGCACUGAAGAGCAGUACAGGCAGAUCUGCAAUAUGUACACCAUGUACAGCAUGCUCAACGUGGGUGCUGCAGCAGGUGAGCGUGUGGAGGCUCUUCCUGACCACUCGGAGACACGGCCCAGAAUGCGUGGACGACAGGAUCUCGCCUCUCUCCCCGCUGAGCUCAUUGCCCAGAUUGGUAAUCGCUGUCAUCCCAAACUGUAUGAGGAAGGUGACCCCGCAGAGAAACUGGAGCUAGUUUCAGGUACCAGCGUGUACAUCUCACGAGCUCAGCUGAUGAACUGUCACGUCAGUGCAGGCACCAGACACAAAGUUCUUCUGAGGAGGCUGCUGGCUGCUUUCUUUGAUAGGAGUACUCUGGCAAACAGCUGUGGAACCGGCAUCCGUUCCUCCACCAAUGACCCCAGUCGUAAGCCACUGGACAGUCGUGUGUUGCAUGCAGUCAAGUUUUACUGCCAGAACUUCGCCACCAGCUUUAAGGAGAGCGAGAUGAACGCCAUCGCAGCGGACAUGUGCACUAACGCUCGCCGCGUGGUAAGGAAAAGCUGGAUCCCUAAACUGAAGCUACUGAUGGCGGAGGGUGACGCCUACGCCAACUUCCUUCCCGACAGCAUCAAGAUGGAAGGGGACGGCCUGGGGGCGGAGCCUACCUUUGAAACGGCAAGCUUGGAGGGCGGCACCUCCGUGGAGACUGGCGGUUCCUCGGGCGAGUCUCUGCAGGGUGUGGGUGGAGACAGUGGCACUUUGUUUCAGUGAGUGACCCAGCGAGGAAAGCCCUGCCCCAUCCCCUCUGCCGCCCCACUUCGCACCCACCUCCCACCCUGCUGCGUGACUCUGGGCUCUGCUGCUUUUGCCUGGGAUGGGAAGGGAGAGUCGGGUAGGAGAUUGGAGAAGUUUCAUGGUCUGUAAAGGCUACUGUAAGGAGGAACGCAAGGGGUUUAUGACGGCACCAUUUUCAAUCGUGGUUUUUUUUUUUGUUUGUUUGUUUGUUUUCGUUUUUUGCUGAAUAACCCUUUUUGCACAGAAGUUGCCUCCAUGCUCUGCAAUGAAUAUAUAUAGUCACAAUACUAAGUACCUAAUUAGGACCAGGAAAAGUUUUCCGGUGUCUCGCACACACCAACACACACAUGCUCUACUGGAGGCUGAGGUUCCCUGAUUUCACUGUAACGAAAUUGAAUGUAUUAGUUUGUAGCACCAGGCUAUGUGAGCCGACUGUAUUUGGCCCAAAAGAGUGAGAGAGAGAGAGACAGCAAAUGUGUUCAUCAUACGAUCUAAGGAACAGCAGAUGAAGAAAGCAGUGAGAGGAGAAGUAGGUUGCAUAUUCUGUCUCUCGUUCAGUCUAAAACGGAAAGAAUUCGAUAUCCUCCUCUCCUUCCAUUCCUCUCAAAAAUAUGUGGGAUCUUACUCUGCCACGUUCUUUGUUUUACGUUGCUGUUCUCUCCUCUCUCCUUCUGCUUUUGUACUGCAUAUGAUAUAAAUCCAGAGUUGAUGAAAGAUUAAGGAUUGUAAAGGAUAAAAAUAUAUAUAACUAAACUGAUGGCACCUUUAAGGGGCACGAGAGAUAGAGAGGGAUUGUUUUAAAAUCUCUUUGUAUUGUUGUUGUUGUUUUUUUUGCCUUAUUUUUGUUUUACUUUUAUGUUUGGGACACCUUACUAAGUGGAAAUGGUAAAGGACUAUUUUUGCAUAAGGAUUAUCUUAAAGAUUGGUGCUUUGCUUUUUUUAAUGUUCACGCCAUCGCUGAGACUGAAUUUGAUUGGCCGUUCAGUCUGUCCGUUGCCGAUGUACGACUUUGUUCAAAUGAUUGUGGUGCCAAACUGGCUGCUUUCAAUGACAAAGAACUGGUGGAUGAAUCAGAUGUAGGCAGAUUCAAGAUCAGUUUUUAUUAAAAAAAAGUCAGAAUAAUGUGUUUUAAAUAAUAUUAGAAGUCUUUUAGCUUUCUCCCCACUUCCACACAACGACAUUUGCAGCCCAAGGAGGAAGGGAAGUUAUGCUUCUCAUUGUUAAUCACUUUACUGUCUUAAGGUUUGGGACUGACUUUGUGUGUGUUUGGGAGUGGAGGAGGGUUUACAUUGCCUGUGUCCCAGGAGAGGAGGCACAGAAUGAUGUUGCCCAUGUCCCUGUUUGGGCAGCUGUGCGUGUGUGUGUGUAUGCGCAUGUGUGAAAGUGUGUCUAUGCUCGCUUAGGCAAGCAUGUCUGUGUCCGCCCAAGUCACCAUCUGUAUACAUUCCUUGCACAUAGCUGGCAGUGUGUGUUUGCAUGUGGGUGAUGUGUUGAUUCGGGGAUUUAAGGUAUGUUUGUUUCUGUGUUUGUGCAUUGGAGGCACAUCCUGUACGGAUGCUUUUAAAGUAAUUCGGCCAUCUGAAAGUUUGCUAUAACCCAUCAACUUUUGCAUAUGCCCAGAUUUCCAUUCAGGAUUUGAAUGAGAUCCCAGGUGAUAUCUUAAUGUUCGGUCAGGCAUGGCUUUAAAUGCACAUGCCUGGCUUAAACAGAAAUAUGAUACUUUGGGCUAUUUAAAUAUUUUAUAGCCAAGUAGUCUAAAACCUUUACGUGUGUGUGUGUGUGUGUGUGCGAGUUUUAUCAUUGUGUCGGGCUGCUGAUCUCCUGGGACGCAUACAGUAGCUGCCCCUAUUUCUGAUGAUAGAGGAAAUUGACCUCUUUGCACCUUUUCGUAGAUUGAACUAGAGCUUUUUGCACCUUUUUUUGUAGAGGAGAUUGACGGAUUGUGCACCUUUUUGUAGAGCGUACUCGAUGGUUUUUGGACUAAAUUAGUGUGUGUGUGUGUGUCUGGUCUCGAGCGGGAUGCACCCCUGUGUCCGACCAGCCACGCGGAAUACUGAUGUAAAUAUUGAAGAGACUGUUGAACAGAUUUUGACCACGUUUUUAACAGGUCAUUUGUCUUUUUAAAUGAUGGCUUACAUUAGGUCUUUCACCCCUUUUGUUUUAGCUCGCGUUUACUCUUUGUUUCUUUCAUUUGCAUAACCAAGUCUGGCUUACCUGCUGUUUGUAUAUCUGGAAAUUGUAGUUUUUAUCUCGUUUGUUUGUUUGUUUUCCAGGCAGAAGUCGUAGCAAAUAAAGUGAACUACGGGCAGGUUUACUUCUUAGCAGACUGGUUCGGGUCCGACUGGCGACCUCGUUUUUUGGACCAGAAAACAAUAAUGCCUCUUUUGCAGAAAUGUAUAACAUUGACGCGCUUGCAAAAUCAACAUCUGGCUUUAAAACUGUCACACAGAUGUGCAUGCAUCCAUUUCUUUUCUCUCCAUUAUUUUCUUUUAACAGACCAUAUGUACUGUAUUUACUUUUAAGAAUACUACUAAUUCAAGACGAAAGAGUUGACUUGCCAAGUUUUUUUAAGGAUACAAUAUAGAGUCGUUUGGCUGAUGAUAGAGUACUGAGUAUUUUUUCAUUUCUUUGUAUCGACUAAAGUUCUGGGAAGGUGGGGCUGUUGUGAGGGAUAUAUUGGUGCUAUGUGUGCUAUCCUUUAGAUGUUAAAGGCCUCCUGGUCACUGGUGCCUUUUGAGUAGGACUGUGGGAGACAGACUGUGUGUGUAUGUUUGGGUGGGAGGUAAAGCAGUGGCGUUUCUCUCUCCUCUUGCUGGUUCUGACUGUGCCAGUGUUUAUGCGUCCUCCAUUUUGAUGGCACAGAUCACAUAUGCUGCAUGCGUUGCUGGAGAGGAACUGUUGUGUCCACACGCCACCUGCUGUCUGUGUGUCGUUGCUGCAGCAGCAGCAGCAGCUAAGAUUUACUACUUGCAGUCAACACCAGGUGGUGUCAUACCUGAGAAAGUCUUAUGGAGACUGAGUCACCGCUAAAGAUGGCUUUGCUCCGGUUGAGUUAGGUCAAAGGUGAAGUGUGUCAUUGUAUGUCAAUGUUAAAAUACUUUCUCCUAUCCCAGCUUUGGUUGAUGCCUGCGCCUCUGUGGCACUAUCAAAACAUUGCUCUGUUUGUUUGAGCACCUAGAGCACCAACCAAUGUCGUGGUUUUGGGGCGGAGCUGUUUAUUUUUGAGCUCAAUAGCUGGCAGAGGGCUUAACGCAGGUGGCACGGAAACUACACGCUUUUAAAGAACUUAAUUCCUUUAUUUAAAGGUAAACCAGGCCUUCCCAGAUUUUCCAACAUUUGAAGGUUUCUUAAGGGAUGUGUAUAAAACAAAGGGACCAGUGUUGAUCAUAAAAGGCCAGGAUGUCCAUAUCACACUGCCUAUCUGUCUGAUUUCUGUGCCUGAGUAAAGCACCUUUUCUGGGGUUCACGUUUAUAGACCUGCUCCCCGGCACCUUGCAAUUCAGUCUGACUGUGUUACAGAGCACAGAGAGCAGAUAGAUGACAGACGCUCGCACGUGUGGAGAAAGAGCGUGAGAGUUUUGCAGACUUUAAGUCUUGUCAUUCUUCCUUAUAGUACAGUCUGUUGGGGUACUGUGCAUUUGUGAAUUUGUAAACUGGUUGGUCACUAAAGGCAUGUGAGCGGUGUAUUAAAAACUAAUACGCAAACACUCAAUGAAACGGCGAAUGUAUCUUCCCUCUGCAAAGGCAGAAAUCAGGCUUGUCUUUUCGGGAGUGACAGAUGCUGGCUGUAUUUGCAGGUUUUACUUUAGCUUGCAAUUUUUUGCUACGUUUUCUCAACCCAAGCCUCUUUACCCAGAAUGCAGCGCUGCUAUUCCACUCUAAAUAACAGACGCAACACAAAGACUCUCACCUCUUUCUCUGUGUGUUGCAUUCUUUUCCCUAACACUCUGCUUUCAAUCUUCUCCCUGAUACGAGAUUGAUGAAGAAAAUGACGAUAACCCAAUUUUGCAAACGUUUCGGUAAAGUAACGUGCGACAGCCGGACAAAUUUACGUCUGGACGUGGUAUCGGUUACAGAGAAAUACAGACAGGAUGGGGAUGAUAUCAGUUUGCUUUAACCCUCAAAUCAAUGAACUGGUUGAAAACCAAUUUUUUUACGAUGCAGUGUCUCACUUUCUAUAACUACAUCCCUAUACAAAUCUAUAUACUGUAUAUUACAUAGAAGCACUAAUGAAGUUUGAUUGUUAGUCGUGCACUAUCAGCAUGAGUUGUAACCCAUACCCAGCUGUGCUCAUGCAGUGACCCUGUAAUGCCAGUGCUCAUCCACUCCAUUCUGUCUGUGUUCAAAGUGCCAAUAACUUUGUGAAUCCCUAACUGUGACCCAAUAUUAUCAAAAGUAAUUGCACAUUAACUACUGUACAAAUAAAAAAAAGAGUAAGAGAAAAGUCAAAGAAUACAGCUGAAUAUCUUAAUAAAAGUUUGUAACAAAGGU